UUUGUCCUUUGCUCUGAAGAGUCACUCGCUUUGUCCUCUUUUCCAGCAGCCAUGGAAAUGGUGCUGAUCUUCCUGUGCUCCCUGCUGGUGCCGGUGGUCGUAGCGGACGCUGCUGAUCAGGAGAAGGAAAAAGACCCCUUCAACUAUGAUUACCAGAACCUGAGGAUCGGCGGCCUGGUGUUUGCGGUGGUCCUGUUCUUGGUCGGCAUCCUCCUUAUACUAAGCAGGAGAUGCAGAUGCAGUUUUAACCAGAAGCCCAGCAACAGGAGCGCAAAAAGCAGAGAACUGAUCUAGAGCCAUGAGCCUCCCCUAGAAACCUCAGGAGCUCCCUUCUGCUUAAUGGCUCUCCCGGCAGAUCAGAGCCGUGGGGCCAUCACCGAGGCAGGCAGGAUCAAGCGGUAUCGCUGCAGGGUCUGGUUUUACCUGCAAAGGCAGCUCGGUUUUUACACCUCGUCGCUCCUGCUGUCUCGGAAAUACUUAAGGAAACAGCCCCUUUGGGGCGCACGUCCCUACAACACAGAGGCUGCUUUUAAGUCUCCUUUCAGACGAGAACAGCAGCACUCGGUGACAGCUUCGCUUGUGCGCGCCGUGCGAGGAGGGGAGUCCAGUGGCCAAGCCGUCCCCGAGCAGGAGACCGCCCGGUUCACCUACGACUACGACACGGUCCGGAACGGGGGGCUGAUCUUCGCCGUGGUGGCGUUCCUGGUGGGACUCCUCAUCAUCCUCAGCCGGCGCUUCCGCUGCGGAGGCAAGAAGAAAAGCAGGUCGGUUGUCUUUGCAAUCGCCCUGGCCCCUCCCUGCCCCAUGCCGGGAACCGGUGUCUAACGCUGCUUUCUUCCUUCCUGCCCCUUUCCUCAGACAAGGCGACCACGAUGACCUGUAGCUGCAGCUGCUCCGCUUCCCACUGCUGUCUCUGCAGCCGGAGCUGCCCGGCGGUCCGGAAAGAGGUUUCCUGCACCACAUCCUCACCGGGCACCUUGCCCCCCGCGCCGCUGUGGUGCACACACCAGCCCCUGCCUCCUCAGUGCACGCUCGUGGUUUUCCUGCUGUAGGUCAGCUAAGCACCUCCAUGCCUCAAUAAAGCUCCUGCCUGAGAUGGCUAAA